UAGCUCCGAAGACGGAAAGAUACUUGAUUAGCUAACUUAAGAUGAUGAAGAGGCAGAACGUGCGCACGCUCGCUUUAAUUAUUUGCACCCUGUCCUAUUUGCUAAUUGGAGCGGGAGUCUUCGACGCGCUGGAGUCGAAGCAAGAAAAAAGCCAGCGGAGAAAGCUGGACUAUCGCAAGUUUCUACUGAUGAGCAGGUACAAUCUGUCCAAAAACGAUUUCGAGCAGAUUGAAAAAGUAGUCUUGCUUCUGAAGCCGCACAAAGCCGGAGUGCAGUGGAAGUUCGCCGGCUCUUUUUACUUCGCCAUCACUGUGAUAACGACCAUAGGUUAUGGCCAUGCUGCCCCCAGCACAGAUGCAGGGAAAGCGUUCUGCAUGGGCUAUGCGCUUCUGGGCAUCCCACUCACUCUGGUGAUGUUCCAGAGCCUGGGUGAACGCAUUAACACCUUUGUCCGCCUCCUGCUGCACAAAGCCAAGAAGUGUGUGGGUCUGCGACGACCAGAGGUCUCCAUGGCCAACAUGGUGACUAUUGGCUUCUUCUCUUGUGUUGGCACCCUUUGCAUUGGGGCAGGUGCCUUCUCGCAUUAUGAGGGCUGGAGCUACUUCCACGCUUUCUACUACUGCUUCAUCACUCUGACAACCAUCGGUUUUGGGGAUUAUGUGGCCCUGCAGAAGGACAAUGCGCUCCACAAUGACCCCCAUUACGUGGCCUUUAGCUUUGUCUACAUUCUGAUGGGCCUGACGGUGAUUGGUGCCUUCCUCAACCUGGUAGUGCUGCGUUUUAUGACCAUGAACGCAGAAGAUGAGAGGAGGGAUGCAGAACAACGGGCUCUGCUCUCCAAAGACAAGCAGAAAGUGCAACCUCCUCGCCACACCAACCUCCAAACCUUACAAACACAGGAGCAGGACGGUAAGAGGCAAGGACUAAAGAGUGUCUAUGCUGAGGUACUUCACUUCCAGACUGUCUGUUCUUGCUUGUGGUAUAAGAGUCGGGAGAAGAUGGUGAUGCUUCCCCAGGACCUGUCCUUCAGUGAUGCACUUAUGGAGCAGGAUAACUUCUUUGAGCCAGACUCCACAGGCUGUGUGUGUAGCUCCCAGCGCUGCUCAGCCAUUAGCACUGUGUCCACUGAUGUGAGGAGCAUCUCCCCCUUCAGACUGCUCUCCAAGAGACGCAGCUCCGUCUAGAUGUGUUUAGCAUAGGUGAUGUCAGAUGAUAGAUGGAAGCUCACAAAAACACUGCUACUGUUUGUUUCUGCUAUACAUGCAUGCAUUCAAGUACAGAUGCUGGAGCACAGCCUUUGAAGUGUACGUACAAAGAGGAAAGUCAGAGUAGGUUGGUAAUUAUCGUGUCUUAAGGACACAGUACCUCUUACAUGUGUCAUGUGUGUGUGAAAUGAAUUGUCUCCUCCUGAGACCUUAUAAACUUUACAGAAAGUAAUAAUGGACUUCUUGCUACGUCAUAAUUACAUUAUACUCCCUGACAUGGUGCAAUACAAUAUUCAAAACAUAAUUUCAACAGUGCUUUAUUACGACAAUACCAAUAGCAUACCUUAUUAUCUCCUCAAAUCACUCCUCAAACCUCAAAUUUUAUUACUAAUUAAUUAUCACAUAUUGUAUCAGUCAAGUUCUUAUUGUUUUGUGAUCACUAGUUUUAUGUCUAUAUGAUGUCAUGA